AUGUCGUAUAAAAGCUCUGAUGCAAAUGAUGCUCAAAACAAUAAAAUUCAAGACCUUAUAGAAAUCUCAAAAAACGAACCUUACUGGAAUUUCUACGGUGAGAAACUCAUUGAUUCUGAUAUUGAAUUAAUCGCAAAUGAAUUAAUACAAGGAUACAGAAACUGUCAAACACUUGAUUUAUUCAAAAACAAAAUUACAUCGAAAGGUGCUGUGUACUUGAGUGAAAUGUUAAAAGUAGACGGAACACUUCGAAUUCUCAAUCUUCGUUGGAAUCAAAUUGAUGAUGAUGGUGCAAAAAGUCUGUUCAAUGUUUUAAAAGAUGAAAAUAGAACUCUUGAACGACUUCAUCUCGAUCUCAAUCAGAUUACAGAUAAAAGUGUUGACAGUAUCUUGGAAAUGAUCAAUAGAAAUCGAACAUUGACACUUUUAAUUCUUACUGAUAAUCAAAUAUCAGAAGACAACCAACGACAAUUAGAGAAGGCAGGUCAACUAAGAGAACCAUCUGCUCUGGAUGUUCGAUUCUGUUCGAUUUUUUUAUAG